GCCACGCCUCGCCCCGCCCCGCGCCGCGCGGCGAGCCGAACGGAAAGGUACGGAGGUAGGUGGCUGGCCUCGCGCGGCCGCUGGGUUGCCCCUCCCCUCCCCCUCCUCUCUUUCCCGGCCGGGGCCCUUUUCUACGGCUCCGCCCUCCGCGUCCCCGCACCCACCACCCCGAGAGAACCGAACACCCCCGCUCCCAACGCUUGUGCGCCAGACGCAUUCCCAGGUCAAACCGAAACCGAGCGCAUGGAGGCCGCGGCGGCGACCGCUCUCCCGUUCGCGGCGGCGGCGGCGGCGGCCGUCGUCUCCGCGCGGGGCGGGUGCACGGCGGUGGUGGCGGCAGGGUGCGCCGCGCGACCCCGGGCGAGGCCGAGGCAGGGGCGGUGGCGGUGGCGGGGCGCGUCCGUGGUGGCGAAGAUGGAGGGCGGGCAGGGGAAGGGGGUGCCCACCACCAACUACGUGGUGCCGCUCGACAAGGCCACCGGGAUGACGCGCCCGCUCGUGGAGAUCCUGCGGGACCUCAACAAGCGCGUCCCCGACAAGAUCAUCGACCCCGAGACCAACGCCGUCCACUGGUAUCAUGCCAACAGGAUGCUUAGCUUUUAUGCACCAGGUUGGUGCGGAGAAGUUCGUGAUGUUAUUUAUUCUGAGAAUGGAACUGUAACCGUUGUCUAUAGAGUGAUACUGAAAGGAACUGAUGGAGAGGCAUACAGAGAUGCCACAGGAACAUCACAGGUCCAUGAGGGCCGCAGGGAAGACGCUGUUGCAGCCGCGGAGGAAGAAGCAUUCUGCAAAGCCUGCGCACGCUUCGGUUUUGGACUGUACCUGUACCACCAGGAUGAUAUGCAUCACGAGGAUCACUUCCAUUGAGGCUCAUUCCACUACCGGAGCUGCUCACAAGUCGCCAAAUGCUUAGGAUAUGCUCCUGGAGAACUUCGUGUCCAGUAAAUUUUUUGUUCUUUGUGCAGUACUGUAUUCGUACCACAAGCGACUAGGCGUGCUUCCACCUGAAUGUGAAUGUAGAUAGUUGUGGUACUAGGCGUUGCUUCCACCUGAAUGUGAAUGUAGAUACGAAGAAAGCCUGUAACUUGUUUCUAUUCCUGCCUUUGUUGCUAAGAGAGUUGAUGGCCCGAUGCCAUCCUGCAAGAACCUGUCCAGAUAGGAAACUAUUAAGGAAAUUCUGGUGUUACUUGAUUGUUGUAUUGCUCCAGCUCAUGCAGCGUAGGUAAAGUACAUGAUGAUACGUAGUUAGUUUUGUAAUUCAGAUAUCUGCUAUACUGUAUUUGUAUUUAUUAGAUACAGUACAAAUGAAUUAUGAACGUCUGGACA